AUGAAACUUGAUACUGGCAGCGAAGCCCGGUUUGGCGGGGAUCUCGGUCUACCGACCCCCUGCCAGUUUGGGUCCGAUUCUGCCUCAUUUGUCAGAUUAGUUCACUUUUUCGCCUUCACCUGCCCUCUCGGACAGGCACUCUAUCCUCUUUCCAUACAAGACUCGUAUUUCGCCUUGUCAGCUGUGACAAGUAGUCAAGGGAUCGUUAUGAAGCUGCAUUUUCAGUCGCCUCUGCGCCCUGCCCGUCUGCUUGCCCUAUUGACUUCGUCUGUCCGGACUCUUGGUCGAAGUGAUCCCCUCUCCGCGACAAUAGUCAACCUGCUGAGGCGUGGACAUGUGCGUGUUAUGGCCUGGCCUCACCAGCUCAGAGGAAAGCCGGGACCAGGCAUCGAGUUGCAGAGUCACGCUUAG